GCGACCUCAGACUCUGGGCUCAAGCGAUUCUCUUGUCUCAGCCUGAGUAGCUGGGGCUACAGACGCCCGCCACAACUCCUAGCUAGUUUUAGAGACCGGGUCUCGCUCUUACUCAGGCUGGUUUCGAAUCUGUGCGUUAGGCGACCCACCUUGGCCUCCUAAGUGCUGGGAUUACAGGCGUGAGCUGCUGCCUGGACCUGUGUUGGAUUUAAUAUCCGAAUUUGUGUAUGUUGUCAGUCGUAACGGCUGCCAGCGGUCCUCACGUUGGAUUUAGUGCUCACCACCAAAAGGAGGUGUGCACUCUGUGGGGUUCACAGUGCGAAUAGUUAUUUUGGAGAACUAUUUGUAAGUGAGUUCAAAAUUAAGACGUUUGGAAAGUGAUGUUUAAAAAGUUAGGAUCAGGUUGGGGCCUGUGGCUCAAAGGAGUAGGGCCCCAGCCCCAUAUGCCGGAGUUGGCAGGUUCAAACCCAGCCCCAGCCAAAAACUGCCAAAAAAAAAGUUUGGAUCAUGAAAUUUUGGAAUUUAAACUUUAACAAAUAUUUUAAUUGAAAAAGCCAUGCUUGGUGUAUGCUUUUUAAAACGAAGAAGAAAAUAAAUACUUCUCUUGUCCUUCAAAGAAAAGUAUUUGUCUUAGAGACAACCAGGCCAGGAGCCAAAGAGCUGCAGUCUUGGGAUUUCCAAGUCAAGGAAAGACCCCCAAGAGUAGUAGAACUGCUGAGUCAAAGGAUAUGGACACCACUGUAGAUCCCGACGCAGUCCAUGGCUGUAUGAGAGGUAUGAACACCACUGAUUAUGUUAGUGGAGAUGUGAAUAGGUUUCCACCAGUAUGCUUCUGUAUUUGAUCUCUAACACACUUUGCUUUUUCAAGUUGAAUUCUGGAAUUGGAGAAUCUUGUUCAGAUAGUAGUAGAUUUUCUUAUUGAAUUCAAAGAGUUACCAUGGUAUUUUGAAUUUUGUACUACAAAAUUUUAAUGACAUCAUCAUUCACGGAAGGGUGGUGGUGAUUCCGUUUGCUCGAUUAGGUUUGAAUGACACAGUCCUAGGGUGGGACCUUUGCUGGUGAAUGGGCGGGGACUGUGUCUCAGGCACCAUAAAAGGGCACUGUAUUCCAGCACAAAUUCAGAGGCAACCAGGCCAGGAGCCAAAGAGCUGCAGCCUUGGGAUCUCCAAGACGUCCACUGGAAAUCUCCAACUCAAGACGACUAUCAUUAGACAUUCCACAAAAAAAAAGCCAUAACAUAGCCAUCUCAGGGGCUGAAGUUUCUGAGUAUUGAAUCCCACUUGAGCUAUUUUACUUCUCCUGAACAAUGGCACUGUCUAAGAGGGAGCUGGAUGAGCUGAAACCAUGGAUAGAGAAGACAGUGAUGAGAGUAUUGGGUUUCUCAGAGCCCAUAGUGGUAACAGCAGCACUGAACUGUGUGGGGAAGGGCAUGGACAAGAAGAAGGCAGCUGACCCUCUGAAACCUUUUCUUGAUGAUUCUACUCUCCGAUUUGUGGACAAGCUAUUUGAGGCUGUGGAGAGGGGCCGAAGCUCUAGGCAUUCCAAGUCUAGCAGUGAUAGGAGCAAAAAACGAGAGCUAAAGGAGGUGUUUGGUGGUGACUCUGAGAUUUCCAAAGAAUCUUUGGGAGUAAAGAAGCGACGAAUACCCCAUCUUGAGGAGGUGGAAGAGGAACCAGAGGUGAUCCCUGGUCCUUCAUCAGAGAGCCUGGGCAUGCCGACUAAGCUCCAGAUCAAACAGAUCAUGGAAGCAGCAACACGACAAAUUGAGGAGAGAAAAAAACAACUGAACUUCAUUAGCCCCCCUACACCUCAGCCGAAGACAACUCCUUCCUCCCAACCAGAGCAACUUCCAAUUGGCAACACUAUUCAGCCUUCCCAGGCUGCCACUUUGAUGAAUGAUGCCAUUGACAAAGCAAGGAAGGCAGCUGAACUACAAGCUGGAAUCCAAGCCCAGCUGGCACUAAAGCCAGGACUCAUUGGCAAUACCAACAUGGUGGGCCUGCCUAAUCUCCAUGCUAUGGGCAUUGCUCCCCCAAAGGUGGAAUUAAAAGAUCAAACUAAACCUACACCACUGAUGCUAGAUGAACAGGGUCGCACUGUAGAUGCAACAGGGAAGGAGAUUGAGCUGACACAUCGCAUGCCUACUCUUAAGGCUAAUAUUCAUGCUGUGAAAAGGGAGCAAUUCAAGCAACAGCUAAAAGAAACGCCAUCAGAAGAUACGGAGUCCAAUACGUUUUUUGACCCCUGAGUUUCAAUUGCCCCUUCCCAACGCCAGAGACGAACUUUUAAAUUCCAUGACAAAGGCACAUUUGAGAAAAUUGCUCAGCGAUUACGGACCAAGGCUCAACUAGAGAAGCUGCAGGCAGAGAUCUCACAGGCAGCUCAAAAAACAGGCAUACAUACUUCCAUUAGGCUUGCCCUCAUUGCUCCUAAAAAGGAAUUAAAGGAAGGAGAUAUCCCUGAAGUUGAGUGGUGGGACUCUUACAUCAUCCCCAAUGGCUUUGACCUUACAGAGGAAAAUCCCAAGAGAGAAGAUUAUUUUGGAAUCACAAAUCUUGUUGAACAUCCAGCUCAGCUUAAUCCUCCAGUUGACAAUGACACACCAGUUACUCUGGGGGUGUAUCUUACCAAAAAGGAACAGAAGAAACUUCGGAGGCAGACAAGGAGAGAAGCACAGAAAGAACUACAAGAGAAAGUCAGGCUGGGCCUGAUGCCUCCUCCAGAACCCAAAGUGAGAAUUUCUAAUCUGAUGCGAGUAUUAGUCACAGAAGCUGUUCAAGACCCCAUGAAGAUAGAAGCCCAUGUCAAAGCUCAAAUGGCAAAAAGACAGAAAGCACACGAAGAGGCCAAUGCUGCCCCAAAACUUACAGCAGAACAGAGAAAGGUCAAGAAAAUUAAAAAGCUUAAAGAAGACAUUUCACAGGGGGUACACAUAUCUGUAUAUAGAGUUCAAAAUUUGAGCAACCCAGCCAAGAAGUUCAAGAUUGAGGCCAAUGCUGGACAACUGUACCUGGCCGGGGUGGUGCACAAGGAUGUCAAUGUGGUAGUAGUGGAAGGGGGCCCCAAAGCCCAGAAGAAAUUUAAGCGUCUUAUGCUGCAUCGGAUAAAGUGGAAUGAACAGACAUCUAACACGAAGGGAGAUGAUGAUGAGGAAGCUGUGACGAAAACCAACAAAUGUGUACUGGUCUGGGAGGGUACAGCCAAAGACCGGAGCUUUGGAGAGAUCAAGUUCAAACAGUGCCCUACAGAGAACAUGGCUCGUGAGCAUUUCAAAAAGCAUGGGGCUGAACACUACUGGGACAUUGCACUGAGUGAAUCUGUGUCAGAGUCCACUGCCUGAGACUACUGCGACCCCUUCCUCUUCCUCCUUGUGGUUUGUCUCUUUAGUCCUCUCCCUUAUUCUACUUCCAAGCCCACCCCAGUUGUGUGUGUAAUCUCAGCACUGUGCCAAGCAGACACUGGGACAAAGGGAGAAUAUCCUACUCCCUUCCCCAGUGACCCUGGUGUUUCCUUUUAUCCCCCUUACGUACAUAUGAUUAAAGAGUUA